AUCUGUCAAACGUAAGUUCUCGUUCGCUGCAAUGGAGGUGAUACAAAUAUUUUGCGUUUCUUAAAAAUAAAAUAAUUUUAUAGUCGGUUCAUUGUUCCAAACAAAUAUUUGUAUCCAUUGUUUUACUUUUUGCAAUCUAAUCUGAAUAAUAUACAAUUUCCAUAAAUAGAAAGCAAUAAAAACAAAAUUCCGAGUCCAUCAUGGAUAAAGUUGGAUUAUUGCGAAAGCCUUUUGGCUGCGAGUCAGAAUAUCUGUUAAAGUCAUCGCCGAAUAUUUUGGAGAAUUUUCCAUACGAAGAUUUUCGCAAGGCCGCCCGCAAAAUGACCUCUCCACCUGCAACACGUGCCAACAGACCGAUAUCGCCAAUGUUCUGCGAUACCUUGGAACGUCAUCCGUUUAUGAGGAAUGUCAUAAAUUCGAAGGGGUUUGAGAUCAAAUAUUCGUCACCAAGUGAGAAGGAAGCAUCAGUGAGAAAGAGUUUGGAGGAAAUUUCGAAGGAUAUCAAAGAAAUCGAAGAUUUUCUCACUGUCACCGAAAAUAUUAUCCGCAGGGAAAAAGAACGUGACAGAGAGCUGUAUGCACGAGAGAAAAGACGAAAACUGGAAGAGAAACAAAGACGGAAGUCCGGUGAGAUAUCAAGUCCGAAUAAGGAGAACAAAACACCGAGUCCUUUAAAAAAGACCACGCCAGCUACGUCGAGGAAGAACUCCCAGCGAGGUAUUACCUACAAAAUAAACUCCUUCAAGAAUAAAAGAUCCAAGCCGGGUAGUCCAAGGUUCUUAAAUUCUAAGCUUUACUUUCGAAAUGGAAAGAUUGGAUGCCUUGAAGCAGAGCAAAAUGCUUCGAACAUCGAAAGCACACAUGCUUUGGUUAAACACAUUCUCCAGUAUGAAAACGAGAAGCCUCUAGUAAGCCCUGAGAGUGUUCGAAAGGUUUUGAAUGAAUGUCUGUUGCCAGGGCAGGUUCCAUUCGAAGAAUAUGAAGAAUCAGGCAGACCUCUUAUGGUAGAAGCUGAGAAAGUAGUGGGGGAGCUGAACUUUACAGAUGAGAAUUUUGAUAGUUUAUCAGAGCCUAUUGCGAAUACAGUUGUGGAGGAGGAGGAUGGUGAUGAGAAAGAUAUGCAAAUCUGUUACAAUGAAGCUCCCGACUUGCCCAAUGAGGAGAAGAACACUCGUGAAGCACAGGAAAACGUUUUGGACAGUGAAUUGGUAGCUGUGGAUACCCAUGACGCCCAAACCAACACUAUAGACAGGUCAACUCCGGGAAGUCUUGAUUCCGAUGGACAGCAGUUUCUUCGGGACCAAGUUCGCCAUUUAGUCCGUAGGUUCACAGCGCGGGCAAACAAGGUCAAAUCCCGAUUAGAGUUGCCACCAACUCCUUCCAGCAGUGCCAGCUCUCCAUCUCCACCACCACCUUCGGCGCCCGUCUCUAUAACAAAACAACCCAAUAAAAGUGACAGCCAUUCAAAUAUCAAAAUACUAAACCGAAACAACCGGAGUCACUUCGAAGCAGACAACCCACAGUCAAGCCUCUGGCUUUGCUCCAGUCUUUGUGGCAGUAAUAACGACGAGAAAACUCUCGACCCACAAGGGAAAAUCUAUAUUUCCUGGCUGUGUGUUGUUUCCAUCAGCUUUCUCUACAACGCUUGGGUUAUCCCUUUGCGGUCUACGUUUCCCUUUCAGACUCCGGAAAACACGAACGCAUGGCUUAUUUGCGACUUUUGUGCUGAUCUUAUUUAUCUUCUGGACGUGAUAUUUUUUAAGCACCGUGUAAUGUAUCUUUUCGAAGGUUUCUGGGUAAAGAAUAAAAAUCUGACGCGGAAGAACUAUAUGCGAAAACUACAGUUUAAACUCGAUCUCCUGUCACUUUUACCUUUGGACCUGUUGUAUUUCAAGUUCGGUACAGGAGCUGUUUAUUGGCGAUUUCCAAGAUUCUUAAAAAUUCAAAGUUUCUGGGAAGUCUUCAAGCUACUCGAUCGAGUCAUUUCGUCACCACAUUUUGUUCGAGUUGCUAAGACACUGACCUACAUGCUUUAUAUGAUACACCUCACAGCUUGUUCGUAUUAUGCGUAUAGUUCGUAUCAAGGUCUUGGAGUCAAUCGUUGGGUAUUUAGUGGAAAAGGUCAUCCGUACGUAAGAUGUUUUGCAUUUGCAACUAAGACUGCUACAUCAAUUGGAAAAAAUCCAAAACCCGAAAGGGAAGGUGAAUAUGUCUUCAUGACAGCUGCUUGGCUGAUGGGAGUGUUCGUAUUUGCCUUGCUUAUUGGUCAAAUCCGAGAUAUUAUCUCAACUGCAACCCGAAAUAAAAACGAAUACCGUCAGCUUGAAGAUGAAACUCUUGAAUAUAUGCGACGUUUGAAUUUACCAAACGAAGUUCAGAGAAGAGUUAAAAUGUGGUUUAAAUUUACUUGGGAUCAGCAGAGAACAUUGGAUGAAAGCAACAUAUUGGAUUCACUACCAAUUAAUCUGAAAACAGACAUUGCCAUCUCUGUGCACAUUCAGACUCUAUCAAAAGUUCAACUUUUUGCCGACUGCGAAGAGGCAUUGUUGAGAGAUUUAGUGCUUAAGCUACGAGCGGUGACCUUUCUGCCAGGCGAUUAUGUGUGUCGCAAAGGUGAAGUUGGUCGUGAAAUGUAUAUAAUUAAGUUGGGACAAGUUCAAGUAAUGGGCGGUCCCAGCAAUGACAUUGUUCUUGCCACACUCUCGGAAGGUUCGGUAUUUGGAGAGAUCAGUCUGCUUGGUAUAAAUGGGGCUGAUCGACGGACGGCGGAUGUACGAUCAAAGGGCUAUGCAAAUUUAUUUGUUCUCUCGAAGUCCGAUCUAAAUGAAGUUAUCGUUUACUAUCCAAAUGCACAAGCUAUUCUUAAGAAACGUGCCAGAAGUCUCAUGCGUAAAAAUGCCGCCCGAGAACGUGAGGAAGCUCGAAGAAGUGCCAUGCAAGCCGAUGUAGUGAUAGGUAAUCCCAAAACUCCUGAAACACCACCAAAACUUCUUAAGACAGUCAUCCAAGCUCUGUCUCAUGAAUCUCCAGCUGUAAUGUUGAUUACCAAAGGAUCAAAACGACUCCAGAGAAGAUCGGAAAACAAGGAAAAAGCAUUAGCAUUAGAUGAGGCAAAUCAAGCUGCGACAGCGUCGUCAUCAUCGGUUACAGCACCUUCAGUACCUGCUGUAGCAUCUCAAACAUCAACAACUGAGGAAAAUGCACAAAAUAGUUUUUCAAUUCUAAAUGAAAAACGACCUAAAUCUCCAGAUCUUCUUUCAUUGAUACAAAUCGAACUGAAGAAUAAGAAUAAGUUUAUCAACUUAACCGAUUCCGAGAAGGCACUUAUAAUAUCGAACAGUAGCAGUAGUUCGUUGAGUGGCGAAUGUGAUGUCACUGUACACAAUGAAAUGUAAAUUUUAUAAAUAAUUACUUUUUAAUUUUUUUUUCUUCAGGAAACUGAAGUCAAAUUAUUAUUAACUAUUGAAUAGCACAUAAAAUUAAAUGUUAAAAAUAUG